AAUAGGUGAAGCUCCUUUCGCUGAAAUUUCUUGUGAGCUUCUAUAUGUUAAACACUAAGUGUGCGGACCGUAGUUUCCUUAUAUGGUCUUUGGCUCCUCACAAAUUGAGUUAGCCUUUCAUUUGAGAUAGAAACAAGGUCCAAUUUCUUAAACAUGGUAUUAAAGGCAGAUCUAUCUUGAUGUUAGACUAUUAGAUGUUAGCCAACCUAGGUUAACUGAUGCUUCACAUGUCCAGUCUUGGUGUGCGAUUAAUGUAUGAGAAUCCCACACUGGUAAGGUGUAUGUGCUGUAGUUUCCUUAUAUGAUCUUGGAAAAUCUUCACCACCUGACCUAGCUUUUGAAGUUGAGUUAGGCGCUGGUCCACUUGAUUAACAACAGUCAUUCCAUUCCUUUCCUUUGCAGGAUGUCUUUUAGUUUGUUCCCUUUUUUUGUUUUGCUUAAAGAGUAGAAAGAAGGAAUGUUAUAGACAUUCAACUUAAAAUCUUGUGUUCUUUGAAUACAUUUUUAAUGGCUUCUCAAGGGUACAACAUUUAAAUUUGUUCACCAUUGAAUUCCAAUUUAAACAGACUUCCAUGUAUUGUAUGUAAUUUUUCUUAAAACUUGAAACUAUGAUAUGCUUCUUCCUCUCCCCCCUCCGUCGUAAAAUAGAAAAAGUUUUUUAAUACUUUCAUGCAAGUGUAGUUAAAGUCUCUUUGUAAAUAUUGUCUUCUUUAUAGAGAUUUUUUUUUUGUUUUGCUUUGUACUGGAUUUUAUUAUGAGCAUGAGAAGGCAUUGGAGGAGCAGAAGUGCAAUAGAGUGGAGUACUUAGAAUUUUUAAAAUCCUGUGACUUUAUUAAGGCCAGUAGCCAGUGGCGGAAAGUUCAGGACCGCUUGGAAACUGAUGAAAGAUGCUCCCGCCUUGAGAAAAUCAAUUGCUUGGAGAUUUUCCAGGAAUAUAUACGUGAUUUAGAGAGCGAAGAGGGGGAGCAAAGGAAACUGUGGAUGGAAGAAUUGAGGAAAGAUGAACGUAAAAAUCGUGAUGAGUUCCGAAAACUGAUGGAAGAGCAUGUUGCUGCGGGAAUACUUAAUGCAAAAACUAACUGGCGUGAUUAUUGCAUCAAUAUUAAAGAUUUUGCUGCAUAUCUGGUUGUCUCAUCAAAUACUUCAGGAUCAACAGCAAAAGACUUAUUUACAGAUGUUAUGGAUGAGCUGGAGAAACAGUAUCUUGAUGACAAGUCACAAAUUAAAGAUGCAGUUAGGAUGGCCGAGAUUGGAUUGACAUCAGCCUGGACGCUUGAUGAUUUUAAGGUUGCAAUCGCCAAGUAUAUUAGCUCUCCACCAAUUUCAGAUACCAACUUAAAGUUUGUCUUUGAGGAGUUACUGGAAAGGGCCAGGGAGAAAGAAGGAAAAGAAGCUAAAAAGUGUAAACGUCUAGCAGAUGAGUUCUAUGAACUUCUUCAUGCAUCAAAGGAAAUUACUGCAUCAUCGAAAUGGGAGGACUGGAAAUCCCUCUUCGGAGAUAGGCAAGUAGCUUCUUUUGCUUUUAUUGAUCUAGAAUUAGUAACACGACUGCAAGGACCAUUGGAGAAUGAUAGUUGAUAUUAUUUUCAAGGACCAACUCCUUCAAUAUUCUAAACUCAGUAAUUCACAUAGUUCUAGAAUGUACCUUAGAAUAAUAGCUGUGUUGAAUGAUUUGUUGUUUUAUAUUCCUCAACAUUUAGGUGGGCUAUUUCUUUAUAGUAUUAGCAUGAAUUACCAUUUCGCUAAGUGAUUUUUAGUGUUGAACUUAUCCCUCAAGAAAUUGGUUGAUGUCAAUUAUUUGUUGUUCCAACACUGGGCGUUUAAUAGCUCUAGCAGUUAGUUUUUAAAUUUCUGACAUUUGUGAUUGUUUUAGUUUUUUAAUUUCUGGCAUUUGUGAUUGUUUCAAGGUUCUGAUGAAGUAUGCUGCUAAAUCUCUAGUUUCAAUUUGUCUAGCCUCUUUCGCUAUAAAAUGAAAUGCUCUGG